UCCACUGACUACAGGCAUUAUUUUUGUUCUGGACAUUCAAGUCCAGUCCUUACCCCUCGUCCUGUCUACGUUUGCCUUUGCUGCAUUCAUCGUUGCUAUAUGUUUCUGUUGUUCAUCUGUUUCAGAGCUAUUCCAUUUGCUGUUGUUCAUCUGGGCCCCGACAGUCCCGUUACGUUUACAUUCAGAAAAGUACAGGGAAAACAAAAUUAAAAGGCACUCAUGAUGUCCUUACCUUUCUACCAAAGACACCAUGACCAUUAUGACCGUACAUAUCGCCAUAAAGCACUGCAGUCAACAGUAAGCCAGUACCAAAAGGAAACAAAGAGUAAAUCUGCUGUCUAUGCUCAAGGAUCUGCAGCUUAUGCCAGGGGUUCUGCAGCAUAUCACCGUGCUUCUGCAGCAGACUUCAGUCUUGAGUCUUCAGCAGCAUAUAGCCAUGGCUCUUCAGCCCACAACCUUGAGUCAGCAGCCUACAGCUAUGGAUCUACAGCCUAUGAUCAUGCUGCUAUGCAAAGUAAGAGGUCUGCUGCCUACAGUCUUGACUCUGAAGCCCUCAGCAAGAGCUCUGCUGCCUAUAGUCAUGGAUCUGAAUCAAUCAACAAGCUGGCUGCAGCCUACCGCCUGGGGUCAGAGACCUACGGUCUUGGACUGAAAGAUUCCAAUUUAAUGAUUGAAGAUCAGUCCUAUAAAAUGAGCCCCAAAGCAAAGAGAGCAAAACAGAAUUUGGUAUCUGAGGACAAAGAGAAUGAAGCCAUAGACUAUUCAGUACCGAUAUUCACAGGACGUGAAGUAAACAUCAGUGGGAUCACAGACACAGAAGAAGAAAGAAUCAAAGAGAGUGCUGCCUACGUUGCCAGAAGGAACCUCUUUGCGACUGGUGAAGGAGUUAGUGUCAGCAAGGUGGCCAAGUCUGUCUCUGAAGAGGAACAUCAUGAGAAGAAGUCAAGGAAAGUGGCGAUACGGGAGUCUGCAGAGCGUGUGGCCCUGAAGAAAACGCUAGAAGAUACUCAGGCAUUUCACAAAAAGUUGAAUCAAGAUAAACUUCUACAUCCUCCUGAGUUUGUCAUCAAACCUCGUUCUCACACUAUCUGGGAAAAGCAAAAUGUCAAAUUUCAUUGUACAGUGGCUGGCUGGCCAGCACCCCGUGUUACCUGGUACAAAAACAAUGUUCCCAUUGAUGUACAGGCUCAUCCUGGCAAAUAUACCAUUGAAAAUCGAUACGGGUUGCACUCCCUGGAGAUUAGCGAAUGUGAUUUUGAUGACAUCGCUCAGUACCGGGCAUCUGCUAUGAAUGUUAAAGGAGAAAUUUCGGCUUAUGCUUCCCUUGUGGUAAAGAGGUAUAAAGGAGAAAUUGAUGCAAGCCAUUUGCAUGCUGGGACAUUUUCCAUGCCUCUGAGCUUUGGUGUUACUCCACAUGGCUUCGCUUCCAGGUUCGAAAUCAAGUUUGUUGACACGUUUGAGGUAAUGUUUGGGAGGGAAGGUGAGACAAUGAGUCUGGGCUGCACGGUUGUCAUCAGUCCUGAUAUCAAGCGCUUCAAACCAGACAUCGAGUGGUACCGCAACGGUGUUCUUAUUACACCAUCCAAAUGGGUCCAGAUGCACUGGUCUGGGGAAAGAGCUUCAUUAACACUGACUCAUGCGAACAAAGAAGAUGAAGGUCUUUACACUCUGCGUGUGGUGAUGGGAGAAUACUAUGAAGAGUACAGUGGUUAUGUCUUUGUUCGAGAUGCUGAUGCUGAGAUCCCAGGAGCCCCUGGCGCACCACUGGAUGUGCAGUGCUUAGAUGCCAACAAGGAUUAUGUCAUUGUGUCCUGGAAGCAGCCAGCUGUUGAUGGAGGAAACCCCAUCCUCGGAUACUUUAUUGACAGGUGUGAGGUUGGCACCACUCACUGGACCCAGUGCAAUGAGACUCCAGUGAAGUUUGCUCGUUUUCCUGUCACUGGUCUAAUUGAGGGCCGCUCCUACAUCUUCCGAGUUCGAGCUGUGAACAAAGCUGGUGUUAGCCUACCAUCCCGCGUGUCAGAGGCUGUGGCUGCCCUGGAUCCUGCAGACAGAGCCAGAAUGAGAAGUCACCCUUCUGCUCCUUGGACAGGACAGAUUAUUGUCACUGAGGAAGAACCUGCAGAGGGUGUCGUUCCUGGUCCACCUACUGACCUCCAAGUUAUUGAAGCCACCAAGAACUAUGUUGUGCUGAGCUGGAAACCUCCUGGACAGCGGGGCCAUGAGGGUAUCAUGUACUUUGUGGAAAAGUGUGUUGCUGGCACAGAGGACUGGCAAAGGGUGAACACCGAGAUCCCUGUGAAGUCCCCUCGCUUUGCAGUUUUUGAUUUGUCUGAAGGCAAAUCCUAUUGCUUCCGGGUUCGCUGUUGCAAUUCAGCUGGAAUCGGUGAGCCUUCAGAAGCAACUGAAGCCACUGUGGUGGAUGACAAACUUGAUAUUCCCAAAGCUCCUGGCCGUAUUAUGCCAACUAGAAACACAGAUACUUCUGUUGUUGUCACUUGGACAGAGCCGCCAGAUGCCAAGGAGCUGGUUGGAUAUUACAUUGAGGCAAGCGUGGUUGGAUCUGGUCAUUGGGAACCAUGCAACAACAAUCCAGUCAAAGGCACAAGAUUCAUUUGCCAUGGACUCAUCAAUGGAGAGAAGUACAUUUUCAGAGUCAGGGCUGUUAAUGCAGCUGGACUCAGUGAAUUUUCCCAGGAUUCAGAGCCUAUAGAAGUGAAAGCAGCGAUUGGGGGAGGAUUGCUUCAUGGUGUGUGUCCUGAACUGAGUGGUAAAGCUGAUGGACUAACAGACUGCACUACCAGCUGGGAAGGCAUGCAUGAGUCCUCCCAGCCUAUCUUUGACACAGAUGCUUUGCUAAAAUGCAAUGCUAAAUUUAAUAGAGACCUGCUACCCAGUAGCUCUGACAAACUGGGGAGUACAGGAGACAAUAACUUGAGAGAAAUGGUUAAGGAUGCUAUCACAUCUGCACCACAAAAAGUCGUUGCUAAGCAGGCAAGUAAGUCUCAACCCGGGGAUCCUUUGACAAUGGAAAAAGUGAAAAAGAAGAAAGAUAUAGCUGCUCCAUCUCCGCCAUAUGACAUCACGGUCCUUGAGAGUGUUCGGGACUCCAUGGUGUUAGGAUGGAAACAACCCAAAGCCACCGGGGGAACUGAAAUUACUGGCUACUACGUGAACUACCGUGAAGUGAUUGGUGGAGUUCCUGGGAGAUGGAUGGAGGCCAACAUUAAGGCCGUUAGUGAGAGGGCAUACAGGAUUGAAAACCUGAAGGAAAACAUGGUGUACCAGUUCCAGGUGGCUGCUGCUAACCUGGCUGGAGUAGGGACACCCUCCCAACCCAGCAAGCCCUUCAAAUGUGAAGAAUGGACCAUCGCUGUACCUGGGCCACCUCAUGAUGUCACAUGCACAGAAGUUAGGAAGGACUCUUUGGUAUUACUAUGGAAGGAACCAGUUUAUACUGGUCGUAGUCCUAUAGCUGGUUAUUACAUUGAUAUGAAGGAAACUGAAGCGAAGGAGGAACACUGGAGAAGCGUCAAUGAGAAGCCACUUCAAAAGAGAUUCUUGAAGAUAGCUGGCCUAACAGAAGGGGUGAGCUAUGUGUUCCGUGUGCGGGCGACAAACCAGGCUGGUGUUGGGAGACCAUCAGAUAUCACUGAUCCCGUUGUAGCUCAGACACGACCAGGAACUAAGGAAGUAGUGGUUAAUGUGGAUGACGAUGGAAUCAUUUCCUUGAACUUUGAAUGUGAUCAGAUGUCUCCAAACUCUAAGUUUGUUUGGACCAAGGACUAUGAACCAAUUGAGGAUGACUCUCGACUGGACAUCGAUUCCAAAGGCGGAAAGUCAAAAGCAACCUUUAAGGAUCUUGGAGAAGGUGAUUUGGGAAUUUAUUCCUGUGUUGUUACAGACACUGAUGGAGUUUCAGCAGGCUACACAAUUGAUGAAGAAGAAAUGAAACGCCUGCUUGCUCUGAGCCAUGAGCACAAGUUCCCAACUGUUCCACUUGCCUCUGAGCUGGCAGUAGAAAUUCUGGAAAAAGGAGAAGUGAGAUUCUGGUUGCAAGCUGAAAAAUUGUCUGGCAAUGCAAAGGCUAACUUUGUAUUUAAUGAUAAGGAGAUUUUUAAUGGAGAGAAAUAUAAGAUGAAGGUAGACCAGCAUACUGGCCUUGUUGAAAUGAUUAUGGAUAAACUUGAGGAUAAGGAUGAAGGGACUUACACUUUCCAGCUGCAGGAUGGAAAAGCAACCAAUCAGUCCAGCCUGGUCCUCAUCGGUGAUGUAUUCAAGAAGCUGCGAGAUGAAGCAGAAUUCCAGAGGAAAGAAUGGCACAGGAAACAAGGUCCUCAUUUUGUGGAUCAGCUGGGAUGGGAAGUUACUGAUGAGUGUAAUGUGAUGCUGAAAUGUAAGGUGGCUAAUAUUAAGAAGGAAACGCAUAUCGUAUGGUACAAAGAUGACAGGGAGAUAAUGGUAGAUGAAGAACACGACUUUAAAGAUGGCGUGUGCACCCUGCUGAUAUCGGAGUUUUCUAAGAAAGACACUGGAAUUUAUGAAGUUAUACUGAAAGAUGACAGAGGAAAGGACACCAGUGAGCUGAAGCUUACGGACACAGCUUUUGCAGAUCUGAUGAAUGAAGUAUGCAGAAGGAUUGCUUUAUCUGCGACGGAUCUGAAAAUCCAGAGCACAGCUGAGGGCAUCAGGCUAUACUCCUUUGUCACCUAUUAUGUGGAAGAUCUGAGGGUAGGAUGGGUGCACAAUGAUACCCAGAUUAGGUUUACAGACAGAGUGAAGACUGGUGUCACUGGGGAACAGAUCUGGCUGCAGAUCAAUGAGCCAACUCCACAAGACAAAGGCAAAUACACAAUGGAACUCUUUGAUGGUAAAACCGCACACAAAAAGACAGUGGAUCUUUCUGGGCAAGCAUUUGAUGAAGCCUUUGCUGAGUUCCAGAGAUUAAAGCAAGCUGCGAUUGCAGAGAAAAAUCGCGCCCGGGUGCUUGGAGGUUUGCCCGACGUUGUCACCAUCCAGGAAGGCAAGGCACUCAAUCUGUCUUGUACUGUCUGGGGCGAUCCUACCCCAGAAGUCUCAUGGCUGAAGAACGAGAAGUCGUUUGUGUCAGACGCCAACUGCGUCCUGAGAUUCGAGUCUGGGAAGAACGUCAGCUUCACCAUUUCCGCUGUGUCCACACUCGACUCUGGGAAGUACAGCCUUGUGGUGAAGAACAAGUAUGGCACGGAGACCAGCGAUGUCACCUUUCAGACUAUGAACUACGUAGGACAACUUGCGGGACAAGUCCUGGUUACUGUGAAGGAACUGUACAAAGGCAUUAAUCAGGCCACCCUUUCAGGAUGCAUCGAUGUGGUUGUGGUCCGGCAGCAGGAUGGUACAUACCAGUGUUCUCCUUUUCAUGUCCGAUUUGGGAAGCUCGGUGUCCUGCGCUCUAAAGAAAAAGUGAUCGAUAUAGAAAUUAACGGCGAUGCUGUUGAUCUUCAUAUGAAACUGGGUGACAAUGGAGAAGCAUUCUUUGUACAAGAAACCGAAGAGGAAAAUGAAAAAGUUCCUGCAUAUUUGGCCACAUCUCCAAUACCCACUGAAGACCAGUUUUUUAAAGACUCUGACAAUCGUUUGAUAUCAGGUGAAAGUGAGAGGACAUGUGCAAACUCAGAAAUUCCACAUGCUAUGGAAACAGAGACUGUAUUCACCCCGGGAUCAGUGAAAAAGAAAAAAAGAAGAAGAAAGAAAUACAAGCAGGAUAUCAGGAAAGAAGAUCAGAUUUCUUCUACUGGGACAGAAGAGAUUUUUGAAAUGGAAAUUAGCUCAGAUGAUGAGAAAAGUGUUCAGCCCCUUAGAGGAUCCUCAAAUUCAUCACCAAAAGGUGAAGAACAGAAAGAAUCAUUGAUUUAUCACUCGAAGGAUCAUUACCCGUUAUCUGAUGGAGACUGGUCCCCUCUGGAUAACACUUACUCAGAGCCAGUCUGCCCUAAAAGUGAUUCGGAACUAGAAGUUAAACCUGCUGAGAGCUUGCUGAGAUCUGAAUCUCACAUGGAGUGGACGUGGGGAGGAUUCCCGGAAUCAACCAAGAUAAGCAAGAAAGAGAAACUGGAACAUCCCAGAACUGCUACUAUUACUCCAUCAGAGAAGACUCAUUUUAGAGUCAUUCUCAGCUCUGAUGAAGUUGAAGAUGAUGAGGUUGUGAAAGAUUCUGUCUGUACAGUACUGAAACCUGAGCCAAGAACUCAUCCUAUGCUUCAGCAGAUGGAUGUUAAAGAUUCUCUAGCUUCAGCAAUUGUAGAACCACAAGAUUCCUUACCAUUAGAUUCUGACCAUCAUUCCAGACUGUUGGUGGACUCUUUACCAGAAACAAAACCAACAGCAAAAGUUGACUCUCCUUCAAAAAAGAAAGGGGUGCAUAAACGAAGUCAUCACCAGGGACCUGAUGAUAUUUACUUGGAGGACCUAAAGGCUUUGGAACCUGAAGUUGCAGCGCUCUACUUUCCCAAAAGUGAUUCUGAUCCAGGCUUCAGACAAUGGACUGAGUCAGAUAACCUUUCUGGUUCCCAGUCACCCCAAUCAGUAGGAAGUGCUGCUGCUGAUAGUGGCACAGAAUGCAUGUCUGAUUCUGCUAUGGACUUGCCUGAUGUCACGCUAUCACUUUGUGGAGGUCUCAAUGAAAAUGGCGAGAUUUCUAAAGAAAAGUUCAUGGAGCAUAUUAUUACUUACCAUGAAUUUGCUGAAAACCCUGGGCUCAUAGACAAUCCUAAUUUGGUAAUAAGGAUUUAUAACAGGUAUUAUAACUGGGCGUUGGCUGCUCCAAUGAUUCUGAGUUUGCAAGUGUUUCAGAAAAGUUUGCCCAAGGCUACUGUUGAAUCUUGGGUCAAAGAAAAGAUGCCAAAGAAGUCUGGAAGGUGGUGGUUCUGGCGCAAGAGAGAAAGCAUGACUAAACAGAUACCAGAGGCAAAGGAGGGGAAGUCUGAGACGCAGAGAACAAAUGAACUGCCAGCAACUAUAAAAGAGCAAGUUAAUAGUAGACCCCCAGAAGAUGAUUCGUCUAGUGAUGAAGCAUCACAAGAAUUGAAGGAAUCCUUGAAAAUAGAUUCUGCUCCAGUAGAGCAUCCAACACAUGGGAAUGUUCCGUCUUACAAGAAGUCACUUCGACUGUCUUCCGACCAGAUUGCAAAGUUGAAGCUCAGAGAUGGCCCUAACGAUGUUGUGUUCAGUAUUACAACCCAGUAUCAGGGGACUUGCCGUUGUGCAGGAACAAUAUAUCUCUGGAACUGGGAUGACAAAAUCAUCAUAUCGGACAUUGAUGGAACAAUAACCAAGUCUGAUGCUUUGGGACAGAUACUCCCUCAGCUUGGCAAGGACUGGACUCAUCAGGGCAUUGCAAAACUCUAUCAUUCCAUAAAUGAAAAUGGCUACAAGUUUCUGUACUGUUCUGCUCGUGCCAUUGGAAUGGCAGAUAUGACUAGAGGGUACCUACACUGGGUGAAUGAUAAAGGAACAAUUCUUCCCAGGGGACCUCUCAUGUUGUCCCCCAGCAGUUUAUUUUCGGCCUUUCAUAGGGAAGUAAUAGAAAAGAAGCCCGAAAAGUUCAAAAUCGAAUGUUUGAAUGAUAUCAAGAAUUUGUUUGCACCCAGUAAACAACCUUUCUAUGCUGCUUUUGGAAACAGGCCCAAUGAUGUAUAUGCCUAUAUGCAAGUGGGAGUUCCAGACUGCAGAAUAUUUACUGUGAAUCCAAAGGGUGAAUUGAUCCAAGAAAGGACUAAGGGAAACAAAUCUUCGUAUUACAGACUAAGUGAGCUUGUGGAACAUGUGUUCCCAUUGCUUAAUAAAGAACAGAGUUCUGCAUUUCCGUGCCCAGAAUUUAGCUCCUUUUGCUACUGGAGAGAUCCUCUUCCUGAACUUAACAUGGAAGACCUGGCCUGAAUACUUGUCACCUAGAAAUGGAAUUUCGUAUUCAGCUAUUCGACUUCAGUUUAAAUGUGAAGAACUUUGUUAAUGAAGAUGCUAAUUUAAAUACUGGUACCAUAAGUCUUAGUAAAGGAAUCACUUUAACUCCGUUGGUGUAAGACGAAGAAAAUGCAAAGCUGCUGUCCAGUUUUUUGUGGGCUUUUGAUUACUUCUUUUCUUGUCUGUUUCUUUACUGCCUGUCUUUGUAUACCUGUUCUGAGGCACUUGAGAUUGGUCUGUCAUUGAUGGCCAUGGUACCCAAGUGCUUCGUGGCAACUAAAUGCUGAGUGACUUUGCAUUUUCAUCAGUCAGACCUUAUUGUAAGCAUAGAUCUUUUUGUAUUAGUCUUAAUAGUAUAUUUUCUAAAACGAAGCCAAAAAGUAUACGGAAACUGCCAAAUAGAAUGUCAGACCUAUUAAUAAAAACCACGGUCUAAUGUUCAGAUGGGCAAUUAGACUUUUUUGCAGAGGAUGCAGAACCGAAUAUGGUGUGCUCUUUCUCCACUAAAAUACAGAAAAUGUGUGGCCAUUACUAGGCUGACAGUGUGAAGACACAGAAUUCACCUUUCAAUGUAAAUAUGUCUUCUGUCACAUGUGCGACGCUGCUCUUGUACAGCUCAUGCUCAAACUAACUCUGCUGCUUUUUAUUUUUUAAUAUGCAAUGCUUAAACUUUCAUAAGCUUGUUAAAAUGAAAGCUAUCGUCAGAUACUUGUUGCUUUUGUUGCUUUCAGGCUGCACUAUUUCAUGCUAAAUUUUACAUCAAGAGAAAUCUUGAACGUUUCUCUAAGAGCUGGGGAGCUGGCAUUUUGAUUUCACUUUCAUCAUGGAGGUGUGUGUGUGUGUGCUAUGUAGGCCAGUAAAAAGUAUGUUCAGAUUAUAUUCAGGGAAUUGUUGUACUAAAAAAAAUAGUAUUUAAUUUUGUAAUUAUCUACUGCAGGUCUUUCCAGAAUUCUGUAUUGCAGAUCAUCACUAGCUGGAAGGAACUGUGGCUCAAUAGUGAGAUUCCAGGUAUAAGAAUGGUUAAAUGCUGCAGAGCAGAAUAAAACCUUUUUUUUUCUUUUUUUUUUUUCCUUUUUGGUUUAUUCACAAACAUUGUGCUGGUCAUUCCUCAGGUUCAGAUCAGAGCCUGAGAACAAACUGCAUUCCAGGUCUAGUGUUUAUCAGCUGUGAAAACUGCUAAUUAAUUUUUCUUUCCAAAAAAUACUUGAAAACAAGAGAAAAGUGGCUCUGCUUUUUAAGUGGAGUUAGUACAUUUAACCUCCGUAGGACAAGUCUGUGGUGAGAAUUAUGUGCUUCUAGUCCUGAGGGCUUAAUGCCUUCAGCCAUUUAAACUUACAGCACCCACAUAAAGUUUGGGACUGCUUUUCUCACACUUUUUAAGCAAGAAGUUGCUGAGGCUGCGCACCAAGGAUCCUGGCCAGGCUCUGGGGCCGAGCUCUCACCUUUGCCACUGGGAGUUGUGUAAAGAAAGUCAUCUCUAGAAGGUACUUGUAUGGCUACUGCUGCAGUGCCUACCCAGGGCUGCUUCUGAGAGGUACAUGGCUUGGCCAGGCCCUUCUGUCACAGCUUAUUCGGCCUGGGUGUAGGAGAUGAUCUCUGUUACGCUAAAUGCAGAAGUGCAUUUAGGGAAUUUUACCUCACCCACAGGAACGUUGUCUUCAUCAAGCUGAGUAGUCAUAACGUAGCAUUCUCAUGUAACGCCAGCCUAAUGCUAGUCUAUUUGUGAAUUGCACGGGGGCAGUUAAUUUUAAGAUUGCUAUAUAAAUCAAAUUUCCUUUUAUUUUCUUAUAAAAUUCCAGUAUAUUACUGUAAAGCAUUAGAAAGGAAGGGGGGUCAGGGAACAGGAUCCACAUGGAAGUUCUCUGUCAGAAUGGGAUUAUGAGGAUGGGAAUUAAAAUACACCUGACUGUCACUGUGUGCCAUGUGUGUUAACUGGCUUGAAGGGCAUCCUUAUACAAUGAGAACAAUACAUUCAGUGACAGUUUCAGCAAAUUCCUGCUCCUGUCAUCAACCUACUGAGUGUUUAAGUGGAUUUCACGGGAUUCAACUGAAAGCAUAUUUUGCUCUACUGCAUUAUUUUAUUUGCACUAUGUCAGAAGCUUGCAAACAUCAUUCCAUGAAUCUUUUCCUUUCUUUUUUAAACUUUUACUCCCUGGGUUUCUGUAGAAACUUACAUUUUCAUGAUCACUAAGUGCUUUGAGAAUGAACAGGAUUUGAGCUUUUAACUCACUUAAAUACCUUAAGAUAUCUAAGAAUCCACGUAAUAUUUUAAUUGCAAGUUGCAGUAAUCUGUGUGAAGAUUCUAUUUUUCAUGAAGAUGAUGAGACUGCCUCUGCUAAAGCAGUCCUUUGUGGAAGUCAGAGUCUUACAUACCAUCCCUGGCUUGUUCUUGGUGGCCUUGAUGUUACGUAAGUUUGGGGAAGGGGGAACGCUUUGAGAAAAAUGCUGUUUAUUUGCAGUGGGAUUCCAAACUGUGCAGAUUGUUACCAAGGUUUGGCUGUGUCUUUGUUCAUUCUUACUUUGGUUAUUAUUAUUAUUUUAUUCUUAAAUUCUAUUCAUCUUUCUGGUUUGGUAAGAAGAGAAACUUGAUUUUGAGAUCAGCAGUGAGAAUUAUUGUAUCAAGCAUACCAAAUGCAUACGAUUGCAGAUAAUGUGAAUAUGGAUGUGGCUACAGUGAGCUCCUCGUUCUGCUGACCUGUUGUUUUGCGGUAUAGGGAUGUCCAAGAUGUUGCAUACUUAAAGAUUUUGCUUUCCAAUCUCUGUUAACAGCUGCCCUUUUUGGUUUCUGGUGAUAUGUAAAAGUGUUCUUGAGUAUUCCUGGUACAAGUAAGGUUGGUUGAUUUGGUUUUUGUUUUGUUUUUAAUUUGACUCAUAUGCAAAGCUUUGUUCAGCUUGUUCUAACCCUCCUUGCGUACAGAAUAUGGGUUAUUGUACUGGUCGUUGCAUACCUACAUAGUUAGGAGUACUGGACACUUCACUGACAAGGAAAGACAUCUCAUUACUACCAAACUGUAGGCUUGUAUUGCAAUAUUAAUAUGAAGGGGGGAACAUACAGAGCCUGUGUUAGCCUGUCCUUUGUUACCUUAGUUGAGAGAAGUGGCCUGAAAUCGGGUUUGAAAACAAGUUGUGCUAUACUUACUUAAAACUGGUGCAAGUCAGAUAUUCUUUCUAUGAAAGAGGAACUUUCUAAGUGUAUGUGUGUGUCAGCACAUGCACCUCCCCGUUAAGACUGUGUUGUUGAAGAUGCAGAUCCACUUAGCGUUGGAACCAUCUCAAAAGCUGAGUCGGUGAUACCUAUCCGGGAACAUAUAAAGGAGAACUGCGAUUCAGAACUUGCUAGUGACUCAGACGUUACCCAUUGGUGUGAUGACUUAAAGAUCAGUAACUUAAGUGGUUCACAUUUCUGGAUUAAUUUAUUUCUUACUAUUCAAAGCAUGCUUGUGGUUCAAGAGGUUGGACUUAACCCCUGACAGUAUCCAACUGCAUGUGCAAUAUGGCUCGUGUAUCCUCAGCUUCCUGUCCUUCUUUGUUUUAUGUUUCAACUGGAAAGGUUUUAACGCUUGUGUCAUCUUACUUACGGAACUUCUGAAGCAAACACUGAACCUGCUUAUGGUAAAGACAAAAAUAAAUGAGAUUUCCUGUUAAUAUCUCAUACAAGUCUUCCAGAAAAUACUGUCAUAUAAAUAAGAGUUGUUUAAACGGCUUUAAUGCGAAUUGAUAAUGAAAUGUCAAAAAUAUAUGAUGGAUUUGAGAAGCCUUUCAAGUGUCACUUUUGCCUAAAGUAGUGUUAGUUUCCAGAGUUGAAUCCUGUUGAAUAGAACGGAAUUGUUUGGGAUUUAUUUUUUUAUUUACAGUGCUAAUUAUUUCCAGAUGAAAGUUACAUUUGGGUUCGUUUUGAGGAUAGGAGAACUUCUUUAAUAGUUUGUUUCAUUUUUACAUUGAAGAUGUGGAAUAUCUGAUUAUUCAGGCAACCCAAUCGCUAAUAAGGUAGCGUGUUUAAAGCUGUCAAAUCUGUGACCGUACCAAUAGUGGUUUUUGUUAAGACUGGACUCUCUCGGGUGCAGUAACCCACACUGAAGUGCAAUGCAUAUUGAUGUUGAGAACAAUGUUAUCACAAUAAACAACCUUAAACU